UUGCUUCCGCGAAAAGUACGUGAGAUCCAAAGAAGCAACAACCUUUAGCUGCUGAAGCUAGCUGACUAGCGACCCAAAUGGAGUACCCCAGCAACUGCUUUAUUUUCAUCCGAUAUUUCUCGCUUUUGAAGAGAAAGACAUGACAUUCGGAUUCGUUAUAAUAUACAGGGUUUGGGGGCAUAGGGCUGUAGAGAGUUUGUGGAGUUUGACGAGCGGUGUUAGUUAACACGCUGUAACGUUAGCUCUCGGCUUUAGCUAGUGCUUCGGGCUCUCUUACAUAAAAACAGCCGAUCGGCGGAUGUGGACUGGAGCAAAGACGGGCGUGUAGGUAUGUAGCUUAGAUAUAGUCACUUACCCUUGACUCCAAUGUAUUGUCAACUAUUUUAAAACCUACACUUUGUUGAGUGGAUAUAGUAUCUUAACGCCGAGUUAGCACGAUAGACCAAAAGGAAAUUAAGCUUCUUACUUGUUAAGUAAGGAUGACUUUACCCACCGCCUCUCGACUAAACAAAAAAAUGCUGAAGAAUAAUUUCUAAUUUAUUGCGUUCUCUUAAAAAUGAGACAUUAUCUGGAAAGUGUGUAACGUUAGCCGAGACAUUUAAUCUGACCGCCUCCGUGCUGUAAAGUGGAAGAGUAAAAUCAGAACAACGGACUCAAAGCUUAGUACAUGAUAACGCCGACCUUCUUAAUUCCGAGAAGCCAGGUGUUUACAGGGAAACCGCAUCCCACACGGACCAGCAAUGUUACACGGACGUCCUGUUUUAUCUGGAUUGAGGUCGUAUGAUUUAAGUCCGAACCCACUUCCAGUGACUAGUCGGGUAUCAGUGAACCUCUUCGCCGUAGCUUAAGUAGUUGAUUUCCCCUUUGAAUGAAGACGAUGGAGACGGGAAUAAGGUCUCACCAGGGCGAGCUGUUCGUCCACCCGCUCACCAACCCUGGGGCAACGGGGAUCUGCCCCGAAAUGCUGGAGGUGGCAGAGGAGGCCAACCGGGCUGGGGACUUUAACCUGGCUGCGGAGAUCUAUAGCUCCCAGCUCGCAGACCUCCAGCAACCCGACAGGGGCUUAUGUCUGAGAAAGGCCGACUGUCUGUGCCGAGCCGGGCGGAUAUCAGAGGCGCUGGACUCGUACUGCACAGCGGCAAACCUGGGCAAACUGCGCCCGGAGGAACUUUCCUUCUUGGUGGAAACCAUCGCCCGGACUCUCUGUGAAAAAGAACUGGGCAUCCCCUGGAGAUUAAACGGGCAUGGUAACAGCAGCAGCGGGGAAGAUGGGGUUGGAAGUGAUGGAGAGUGUGGAGAGGAUGAAACACUGGACUUGUUUUCCUGUCGCCUCUGCAAGUGUCUGCUCCACGAGCCUACAACCGUGGAGUGCGGACACACUUUCUGCAAACGGUGCUUAGAGAACAAUUCUGUCAAAGAGUGUAUACACUGCAAGCAACAGUUGAACAAAAAAGAUGGUCUGCUUAACGACCUGAGAUUAAACGUUGUUCUCAGUAGCUUACUGGAUAAACUGUUUGCAACCGAAAGCAAAGCUAGGACAUUCUGGAUCGAAGGAGAGGUUUUGUGGAAAAAACAGAACGUCUCUGAUGCUUUGGAGAAGUACAACGCAGCGGUGGAUCUAGUGCCCUCUUCAGGCAGACUGCUGUGUCAACGGGCUGAGUUGCACAUGGAGAUGAGGAACUUCAGUCAGGCAGUGCAGGAUGCCAACAGCCUCUGUAGGAUAAAACCUCUCUGGACAAAGGCUCACUAUCUGAAAGCCAUGGCGCUGAGUGAAGCAGGCCGGAAUGAUGAGGCGUUGCAGGAAUACUUUGUGUGUGUGGCGCUAAAGCCCGACUGGACCAAAGUCAAACUGGAGGCUCAGAAGGUCCUCAGCGAUGUGUUCUCUUCUGUCUUUGAGAAUCGCGACAUGCCCACUCCGCUGCACCCACUGCAGGGGCGAGUGGCCACCCGCCUCAUCAAACCCCCUGCCUUGCUCAGGUCCCUGAGGCCACUCACACAGAAACCUGGAUCCUCCUCACAGGACUCAGAGUUUAGUGUGACUAAAAGCGCUCCAGUGGACGACUCCUCCUCCAGACUCUCUGCUCCGUCUCCUGGUAAAUCUGAGCAUGCUGCAGGGGAGGGCCGCACCAACAGCCUGGCCAGCUUUCUGGCUGCACUGCCAGCUCCCCCUGGUGGCCUCAAGAGGAAACACAGUGGAGAUGGACCCUCAGCAAUCUUCAACCCCCCCUCCAAACUGCUCAGACCUGACGAGGAGAGCAGACUUAAGACGACGGACGCAGUGUGUGGAGGGAGGACGUUUCCUGCUGAGCUGUUGGACAGUGGAGAUAUGGAGUGUUCACUCUGCAUGAGAUUGUUCUAUGAGCCGGUGGCCACUCCCUGCGGACACACCUUCUGCCUCAAAUGUCUGGAGCGCUGCCUGGACCACAACUCCAACUGCCCUCUGUGCAAGGAGAAUCUGUCUGAGUAUCUGGCCACCAGGGGCUACAACAAGACCCUGCUGAUGGAGGAAGUGCUGCAGCGUUACCUGGGAGACGAGCUGGCGGAGAGGAAGAAAAUCCAUGAAGAGGAGAUGAAGGAGCUGUCCAACUUGAACCAGGAAGUUCCCAUCUUUGUGUGCACCAUGGCCUUCCCCACCAUCCCCUGCCCACUGCACGUGUUUGAGCCGCGCUACCGGCUCAUGAUUCGCCGCUCCAUGGAGACGGGCACCAAGCAGUUCGGCAUGUGCAUAGCUGAUGAGCUCAAAGGCUUUGCUGACUAUGGCUGCAUGCUGGAGGUGCGAGAUGUGAAGUUCUUUCCUGACGGUCGUUCAGUGGUCGACACCAUCGGCGUGUCGCGGUUCAAGGUCCUCAGCCACGGCCAGAGAGACGGCUACAACACUGCCAAGAUAGAGUACCUGGAAGAUCAGAAGAUGGAGGGGGAGGCGCUGGAGGACCUUCUGAAGCUGCACGACUCUGUGUACGAGCAGGCCAACAACUGGUUCACCUCCCUGAAAGACAACAUGAAGAGCCAGAUCCUCAGCCACUUCGGACACCUUCCCAGCAAAGACCCCGAUCCACAGGGCAGUCCCAGUGGUCCGGCCUGGUACUGGUGGCUGCUCGCUGUCCUUCCGUUGGAGAAUCGAGCCCAGCUCACCAUCCUGGCCAUGACCUCCCUCAAGGACCGCCUCAUCGCCAUCCGCAGGGUUCUCAUAUUCGUCACGCGCAAGAGGCCGCGGUGAUUGCCCAGCUGCUCGGGUUCAUUUGUUAAUUAGGUCACUCAUUGACUGAUUCAUUCAAUCAGUUACACAUUUUUGUUUACUCUUUCAUUUACUUGCCCCAUACAUUAGUUAAUUCUCUCAGAUGCCCAUGAGCUCCUCGCUGUUUCAUGUACAUGAGUACAUGUCAGUUGUGUUGAGAGUGUCAGCUGGGCCAGGGUGCUGGCGUGAGGGCAUUCCUGGUUUCUCAUCUGUCUGUCUGUCUGUCUGUCUGUUCAUCCAGCCAUCCUCCCCACCUGCAUCGUCUCACUGGAUGAAUUAAGCUACAUCCCGUCACGAUUGACCUCUCUUGUUCUUUGUCGAGGCCGGGGAUAAAGUCAGGUCAAGCUGCUUUACUUCCAUUCAGAUCAUUCACGUAAUUUACCCGUCUCUCUGUUAUGAAAGGAACAAAAACCUGUCCUCACAAAAGCUGUGUGAGCGGAAAGGAUCAGGUUCAAGAGGAUUUCAUUUUUCUUAUAUAUACUAAGCAGUAUUUCACAUAAGCUGAAACAGCAGUGUGCCUGCCACAGAGCCAUGUGGCCCAACGCAUCUACAAGUGUGACAGUUUGUACAGGUACAGUCAAAACAAAAACUCAACUAAAAUAUAAAGCAAAAACAAAAACCCUUGCUUAGUGGCAACACACUAAUGUGAAUGUACUGGUCCGGCUGUAGUAUGUGGAUGUUUUUCUUUCUCCUUACUACAUUUACAGAAUCCGUUUGGCGAGGUGCACAUGAGGUCAGAUAUCUGUAUGUGCACCAGCAACAGCUGCUACACUAAAUCUUCCUGACUGAGCCAAAAUUCACGUGCAAAAACCUGGAGCUUUCUAUCUGCUACCUCACCCGGUGGUGGGCAUGUACCUCAGACUGUCUGAUAGAAAGUAAAGGGCACCAUGGGAGUCGUUGUAUUGAGAGGAGCCCAAUUAUGCCCAUGCUAACACUAAAAAAAAAAAACACAUACUACACUGUGUGAGAACAAGUGCAACUGUACAAUUUGUUGUCAAAUGAGAUUAAGAUUUAAACAUAAGUCUGUCUAUCACACAAGUUCUAGUUGUAUUUAGGAAAAUGCACAUAAUACUUCUUCCAGAUACAGUUGAUCUGGAACUGUGUCCUAUUGUAGCAUAUCUCUGACAACUUUAAAUACAGACUUAGGUAUAGGGGUUGAUUGUAUAUUUUCUUUUAUUUUCCGUUUCUCUCUCUGCUAUGCCCUUAAGUGUACGUGUUUGAAAUCUUAAGUUGGGUGAUUUAUAUGUAUAUCAAUGUAACUGAGGCCUUUUUGAUGUUUUAUUUAAGGAACAUUUCACCCUUUCUCUUCCUUUAUCUCGUUCUCUGUCAGUACAUUUACAUGCACACGGUUAUGCAAGUACAGAACAUAAAGUUGCCAUGUGAAGUUUUCUUGUAAACAACUAUGUUUAUAUUAAAUGUUUCUCACCAGAACACAUUGAGCCUAUCCUUGAGGCCUGACAAACAUGUUGAGUAAUGUUCGUUUCUCAUAAACAUUUUUGGAACUUGCA